CAAUAUACCCGUGUGGCCGUGCGCCUCGCUGAAGAAGCGCACCCGACACCGCGACGACACGGCCACACGGGCAUCGCAUCGCAUCGCGCACUCGCACCCAAAGCAAAACCCCCUGUUCGCUUGUCUCUCUCUAGAUCCACCCCGCGGAAAUGGCCUCCUACGACGGCGACGAGGACUCCGGCCGCCGCCGCCCUCCUUCGCAGCACCGUCCGUCCGGCGGGGGCAGCGGGGACCUCGCAUCGAGCGCCAAGCUCGUGGCGGAGGCGGCCAAGCUGGCGCUCCAGGACCACAGCCUGGAGAAGGUGGACAAGGGCCGGGUCGCCGGGGCGGCGGCCGACCUGCUCCACGCCGCCUCCCAGUACGGCAAGCUCGAGGGCAAGCCCGUGGGAGGGUACCUAGGAAAGGCCGAGGAGUACCUCCACCAGUACGGCCGCAAGGAAGGGGGCGCCGGCGGCAAGCAUCAGGGGGAGGAGGAAACCAAGUACGGCAAGAAGCCCAGCGGUGGCCAUGGAGGGGGGAGAUAUGAGGAGGAGGAGGAAGGGUACAAGAAGAAGCCUGGUGGUGGGAGUGGCUAUGGAGGUGGAAGGUAUGAGGAAGAGGAGGAUCACAGGAAGAAGCCAAGUAGUGCUGGCUAUGGUGGAGGGAGGUAUGAGCAAGAAGAUGAUUACCAGAAGAAGCCUACAAGUGGUGGCUAUGGUGGGGGGAGGUAUGAGCAAGAAGAUGGUUACAAUAAGAAGCCUACAAGUGGUGGCUAUGGUGGGGGGAGAUAUGAGCAAGAAGAUGAAUACAAGAGGCCUCCAAGUGGUGGCAGCGGUGGUGCCUAUGGUGGAGGGAGGUAUGAAGAAGAUGAGUACAAAAAGAAGCCUAGUGCUGGUGGAUAUGGGGGUGGAAGGUAUGAGGAGGAAGAUGAUUAUAGGAAGAAGCCUAGUGCUGGUGGAUAUGGGGGUGGAGGAAGGUAUGAAGAUGAGUACAGCAAGAAGCCAAGUGGUGGUCAUGGUGGAGGGAGGUAUGAGGAAGAUGAUGGGUACAAGAAGCCUAGUGGUGGUGGAUAUGGCUAUGGGGCUUCAAGUGGUGGGGGUCAUGGAGGAAGGUACGAAGAAGAUGACUACAAGAAGAAGCCUAGUGGGCAUUCAGGGGGAAGAUAUGAAGAAGAGGAGGGGUACAAGAAGACUGGUGGCCAUAGUGGAGGGAAGUAUGGCGAGGAAGAUGACAAGAAGAAGAAGAAACAUGGUGAUGAUGAGUCAGAGGGUGGUGGUAUUGGGGAUUACCUGAAGCUGGCACAGGGUUUCAUGAACAAAAAGAAUGGGGAGGGGGAGAGUGGGGGUGGUAUGGGUGACUACUUAAAGCUUGCAGAAGGGUUCAUGAAGAAGCGGUGAUUAAUCUUUUCCCAUGGCAUGGUUCAGGAAGGACUUUCUUGUGUUUGGUGAAGUUGGCACAAAUGUUCUUGAAGGAGCAAGGUCAGUAUACAUCAGAGGAGGGCUCGUGAGGAAAUACUGGCCGAUUUCCUCAAUCAGGUACUGGUUGGUUGAUCCCUUGUGUCUGCAAAUACUGUAUUCAUCUUUGAUCACCUUCGUUUGUUUGAUUGUGAAUCUUCAUUGGUUAAUAAUAUUGCUGUUGCAGGUGAGAUUCAGUACUGAACAAUAAUGUAACCGCUAGAAGAUAAUAUUCCUCCCUUUACUUUUUAUAAAUUGCCUCAUGUUUACAAGAGUAUUCUGCUUCAACUGGAAAUCACUAGUGAUGCAGUGCUUCUCAAAUAAAACUUAAAUUAGGGUUUAUUGAUCUAUCUGUAAGAUGCAAUUUAUGUUACUGUAUUCGUCAACUUAUUCAGGUACUUCGUUUGUGUUCAGUAAACUCCUACAACAUGGAUAGGAACUGCGAUCAUGUCUAUAAGGGUCUAAAAACCUAAAGUAUCUGGAUAACAGCUAAAUACACCUGGAUUAUGUUCCAGGGAAUGUACUAGUUCAUGUAUAAAAAGAAGUCAGACGUUCCAGUAGUAGUUCAUAUAUAAAAUGAAGUCAGUUCAUUGUUUACUGU